GGUGUGGAAAGGGAUUGGGGCAGAGUGUCAUGGCAUCCUGCCUUCUCUCAAACCGGUCCUAUGACAGUCCCCUCCCUGUGCCUCAGUUUCCUCACUGAGAAAACGAGGAAGCUGACUGGGAAGAGUUUCCCAGCAUCCGAGGGCAGAUCCUGGGGGAGCGAAUACAUCAACACUUUAUUGUCUCAUCCAGGAAGCGGCCGGGGUCCCUGUGGCAAGCUGCCUGCUGAACUUGCAUUUGUUUAUUGGUUAACUGAGCACCCAGCUUGUGAAGGAACUGUUUGAGGCACUGGGGAUACCUCAGAGGGUGAAAUGGGCAAAGAUCCUGCCCCCAGGAGCUCACUUUGUAGCUCUGGGAUCUGAGGCCUCUGAGCCCCCACUUACUGGGGCUUGGGGCUUUGCUCAUGGACAAGGUGGAGGGCCAGGCCCUUCCAAGCUGGCUGUGGAGAAGGACUGAGGGCUGGGAGGAGAGAGGUGUGUGCUCCCCCAGCUUUGCCCCAACCUACCAGGUGACCUUGAGUGGGUCACACCCCUCUCUGGGCAUUAGUUUUUUCCUCACCCUCUAAGUGAACAACUGCAUGGGGGAGUAAACAGCACUGCUAAACUGAACAAAAUUAAGGCAAGUCUACCAAGAGGGCAGAAUAUGAAGGGUUAAGUAGGGAAAACUAAGAAUCCAGAGAACCUCAUUUCCUUUUCUUGUUGGAACUCUUUGUAAGCAUAUAAAAAUGUGAUCAGUUUAUGUUAAAUAUUAAGGUCUGCUUCCCACACAUGGACACAGUCAUUGACUUUUUUUUUUCAUUAGAAAAAAAAAAAAAUCUGUUCUCCAAUCCUGCUGUAUUUUCUUAAAAUUAAUAAUAAUGUUGUUAGGUGCCAUUAAGUCAAUUUCAACUCAUAGUGACCCCAUGUGAUAGAGUAGAACUGAAAACCCAACCUGCCAGCCUGGAGGGUGUCCACUGCUGGAAGCCUCACCCAGCCUUUCAUGGUUAAAUAUUAGCCACUCAUGCCCCCUCUUCUUGCCACUGCCGCCAGCCGCCUCCUCAGGGAGAUCAAGACAUAAACGCUAUUUUCAUUGGUCUCCCUCCAGGUCUGUGGCCUCGUGGCAGGGGCCUGAGCCGCUGGCACACCUCCUCUUUCCUUCUACCCAGAGCUGGGGCCUUGAGAGGCGAAGAUGGGGGUGGGCAACAUGAGGGAGUCCAGGGCUGGGGCUGGCUGCUGGGGUGGGGACUCCUGGGCCUUAGCUCCUCCUGGUGUUUUUCCUUGGUUACAUCAUACACAUGGCUCCCGACCCCUCCCAGUGGAGCUCAUGGCCUGGCUUAAUGAGCCCCACAGGAGCCUGUCUCAGGCACGAAGCCCCAGCCCUCCUGGCUUCUGAGGAGCAAAAGCAAUUCAGAGAAAUAGGGGUCGCCUCACUGCAUGGGGGCGCCAUUUCAGCCUCUGCCCUCAGACCCCUCAGAAGCAAAGAGAACAAGGCCCACCCUUCAUACCCAAUCCUGCUCACCCAGGCGUUUUUAAUUCUGAGCCUGCGCUCAUCCUAGAAUCCAGACUCUGUCCCCACAAAUCUCAGAGGGGGAAUGGAUUCUAGCAACAUAAACAGUGUUAUGGAUUAAAUCGUGUUCCCCCAAAACAAGCAUUGUGAACCCUAAGUCCUCUACCUCUCGUUAUAAUCCCAUUUGGGAAUGGGUUUUCUAACACACAGUGUAGGGUGUGUUUUAAGCCAAUCACCACCGAAAUAUAAAAAGAAUGGAUUAGGACAGAGGAGCAGGCAGAGAUGGGGGAAGAAAGAUGUCACACCACAUGAAGAUUGCCAAAGAACAGACGCUCAAAAGAGACAAGGACCUUCUGCCAGAGCCCACAGACAUAGAAAGCCUUCAUCAAGAGCCAGUGCCCUGAAUUCGGACUUCUAGCUUCCUGACUUGUGAGAAAAUAAAAUUGCGUUUUUGAAGUCCCCCACUCAUGGCAUUUCUGUUAUAGCCCCACGGAAACCAAACCUCAUAGUGACCCUACAGGACAGACCCAUAGGGUUUCCCAGGCUAUGAAUCUUUACGGAAGCAGACUGCCACAUCUUUCUCCCAUGGAGCACCUGGUGAAUUCAAACUGCCAACCUUUGGUUAGCAACCGAGCGUUUUAACCACCAUACCACCAGGGCUCCUCUGUUACAGCAGCGCCAGAUAACCAAGGCAAACAGACCCUGCUCACGGCUGGAUAGUACUUUAUAAUAUGCAAAGAGCUCCUAACCUUUAGAUGACGCUGUCUACUGCUACAUGGUCUAUUGUAUGAAAACACCAUAAUUUAUCUAUUUGUUUCCCUGUUUUAGGGCACAGAAAACCUUUGGAGGCCAUUGCUUAUUUUUACAAACCUGCCUCAACAUUAGUCUCAGAAGGAUUUGGCUGUGGUUGGAUUAGCUUGCUUAGUUCCCACACCAAGCCUGUGAGUGGGCAUUCAUGUCAUCCUCUCACAUCAUUUAUAGAUGAGGAAACUAAGGCUCAGAGAGGGCGAGUCACUUGCUCAAAGCUGCACAGCUCCAAUGUUCCAGAGGUGGGGAGUGAACCUGGGCUCUCCUGAUCCCAGAGCCCAGGGGCUCUCUCAGUCCCCACAUCAGCCCUUGUCCCUGAUGGGAUCCCCCAGAGAUCCUCUCAGCUCUGUCCCCGGCAGCCCUUCUUCCAUCCCCCCAGAACACUCUCUCCACAUGGGGCCUUUGGUCCCCACCCCCUCCAGCAAACUGGAGCACCCUCCACCGAGCUCCUCAGGGAGAAGGGGCCUGACAGGAAGGCCGGUUCAAGUUAGGAAAUUCUAGCCACGUGAGCAGCCCUGAGCCAGGGAUUCUGAGCACCCGGUGGCUUUAGGAGAAACUGAAACUUGGCUGGCUGGGGGCGGAGUGGCCACUGGGGGGUUUAAAAACCACCACUUCCUCUGGCUCCAGAGGGCACAGGGAGGUCACAGUGCUGAGGGACGCCCCAGAACCAGAGAGAGCUUCUGCUCUCCUUGACCAAGCCAUGCACCUCUGUAGGGGCGAUGGGCUGCUGGCCAGGACGGACCUUGAGGAGCAUCAGAGGCAGCUGAAGAGGAAGCAGAAGAACCAGGCAGCCGCCCAGCGCAGCCGGCAGAGGCACACGGACAAGGCAGACGCCCUGCACCAGCAGCACGAGUCGCUGGAAAAGCACAACCACACCCUCAGGAGGGAGAUCCGGGCCUUGCAGUCUGAGCUGGCGUGGUGGGGCCAGAUCCUGCACCUGCACGAGCGCCUGUGCCCGGUGGACGCCGCCUCCCUCUCAGCCCCGGGGCGCCCUGGGCCACACGGCUGCGUGGGGCAGCCCGACAUCUUCCAGACCCCAGCUUCCCCGCCUCCGGCUCGGCACAUCUCUCCAGCUCUGCAGCCUUACAAGCCCCCAGGCCUCCUUGCAUCCCCUCUGCCCUCACCGUCUGUGGGCCCUGAUGCAGUCCCUGUGCCUCCUGCCCAGUUAUCCACCAGCCCUGUCCCACCUCCCUCCUCCGCUUGCUCCAGCCUGCUGGGGCCUUCCUUGGAGCUCAGCACCCUCCUGUCCAGCCCCCCAGCCCCGACUGCCCCUCUGCAGCCCCUUGGUUGGGAGCACCCCGCUGGAGGGAAGCCGGAGUCCUCACCCCACAGCCCUUUGGUGCCUCUAGGGCUUGCCAGGCCGCAGAGCGGGGAGUACACGCCAGCGUCUGCCUUCUCCACAGCAAAUCGGCAAGGACUGGGUGUGGGUCUCAGGCCCUGCCCUCUCCCGGCCUUCCCUCUGCUCUCCUCUGCCCAAGUCCACUUCUAACCCUGCCCCUGGAGCCAGGCUGGCCCCUAAUGGGCUCAGGAAGCAGCCUCCGCACAUGGGUAUCCUCUUGGUCGUCAGCUCCCCAGGAUUUCACAGGGGAAAGCAGGGCUGUGGGACUGGCUGGUUGGGGUUGAACCCCUGCUGAGAAUUUGCAUGUCUGACAAGUUCCCAUGAGUUGCUGGUGGUGCUGGUUAGGGACCAGUUCUGAGAACCCCUGGUAGAGCAGUGGUUCUCAAAAUUUAUUAUACACAAGAAUCACCUGGGGAUCUUGUUAAACUGUAGAUCCUGAUUCAGUACAUCUGGAGUGGAAAUGCAAAUUCUCAGCAGGGGUUUGAAGUGGAGCUAACCGAUUGGAAGCCCUGGGGAAAAGCAAGCCUUUGAGCCUAUUCCUUUGGCUGGGCUGCCACCCCGGCUAUCUUAUUUCAGCCUUACUGCCCAGCUGCAGAGUCCAGAUUUUCACUCUAAUUUUCCAGAUAAGGAAACAGAGGCUGAGAGAAACCAGGUGACUUGUCCAAGGUCACACAACCUUUCUUGGGACCAGAAACACUGCCCUCUGCUCCCCCUUCUCCUGGAGGGAUCCUGGCCCAGGUGCCCUGAAGGUUGAAGUCCUGGAAACUGAGGCCAGUGAAGGAGGUUUAAGUGUCGGUAGUGGGGAGGGGCUCUCUUCUCCAGCCCUGCAGUCCGGAACUGCUGAGCUGGGGGCCUGUCCAGAGUUCAAAGUUGGGCAGGGAGGGGCCAAGGAGGAGCCCAGGUGUGGACUCUUCUCUUCCCCCAGCAGAGCAUUCUGUGCCAAGGGGGAUCUUGCUGACUAUGGGUUGGAGUGGGGAAAGGCCUGGAGCAGUCUCCCAGGAAUUUCUUCUGGGUUAAGAGGGCUGAGUACCCAUGGCCAUGCCAAGAAGUCUGGGGGAGAUCCUGCAAGAUCAGCUCUUCAGGCUAUUCCAGAACAGCUCCCUGCCCCAGGAAGGCUGUGGUGGUUGGGCUUCUGAGAACCCUUUGUGUCAGAACAAAAGGCAGGAGGAAAGAGUGAGGGAAGGGCAGGUGUCAGGUUGUUCUCAACCAAGCGCCAGGUUCACAGGCCUUUGUUUCGCCAGGCCUGUGUCUACUCCUGUACCCCCGCCCCGUCUUACCUCUUACCCUUGGACUCUCGGCAGUAACUCUCCCCUGCUGCUCCCAGCCUGGGCUGCCGGCAGGUGGAGGAAGAACAAGGGCUGCGACCAGGAGGGAACUCAGCUGUGAAGUCUGCUUAGAGAGGGGGGCUUCUCACUCAGGCUCCAGACGGGCACUCUCAGGGGGCUCGAGAUGGAAAAUCCCAGCUCUUUGCCUGGAUUUUCACACACAUGGAAGCAAGACACUAUGUUAGUAUUUAACACACUCCAUGAUGCCGAGCGCGAGCCUCAGCACAUAUGCUAUGGGAAAUAAAUUAAAAUGUUUUCCAAUUUUUUUUGCUUUGGCCAGUUGUUGAAAGCUCUGGGUAUAUGCUAUAAAGUUGAAACCAGAGAAUCUUUGAAAGAAGAGGGAAUAGUCUAGAAUUUUAGGGGUAGGUAACCCCUCAUGGAACCAUUGAGGCCCAAAGAUGGGAUGAACUUGCCCAGGGUCCCACAAGGUUAGGUGUGGUAGUUGCAGAAUUAUGGCAGGUGGCAGAGCCGGUGUCACCAGCAGGUUCAGGGGGAGCAGACUGGUGGGAGGGGAGCUAAGAAGCCAUUGAUGAGUGAAGGGCUGGAACCCAAGACAAGAGUCGACAUUAGGCACCUUGGACCAGGACUUCACAGAGGGUUGAAGAUACCAUGGUCUGGCUUGUGCCCAUAUACCCUAAAAUAUGCCAGGCACCAUGUGAAGUGUUUCAUUUGGAUUAACUCAGUGGUGCCUCCAAUAACUCUGUGAAGUAGAUGUUGUUGUCACCCCCAUAGUUCAGAAGGGGAAACUGAGGCCCAGAGGGGUUAAGAAACAAGCCCAAGGUCACAUAGCUAGGAAAUGGCUAGACUUGAUUCAACAGUCAGGAGCACUUAACCACAGGCAAUCCUGCCUUCUCUCUUGUACUCUCACUGUGGGACCUGGAUGGAGGGGCUGGCACAUGUUGAUAGAUAUGACCCCAGCGGGUAAAACUCUAAGCUCAAAAUAAAUAAGAGGGGCAAGUGAUUAAAUAAAUGUUGGUAUGCUCAUAGGAAGCUGUUAAGAAUAAAGAAUGCUUUGAGGCUGGGGACCGUAGUCUCGGGGGACAUCUAGGUCAGUUGGCAUAACAUAGUUUGUAAAGAAAAUGUUCUCCAUCCUACUUUGGUGAGUAGCAUCUGGGGUCUUAAAAGCUUGCAAGCGGCCUUCUAAGAUACAUCUAUUAAUCCCAUCCUGUCUGAAGCAAAGGAGAACAAAGAAAACCAAAGACAAACAAGGAAAAUAUUACCCCAAAGGACUAAAGGACCACAUGAACCACAGCCUCCACCAGCCUGAGUUCAUAAGAUCUAGAUGGUGCCCAGCUACCACCAACCACUCUGACAGGGAUCGUAAUAGAGGGUCCCAGACAGAGCAGGAGAAAAACAUAGAGCAAAAUUCAAAUUCACAAAAAAAGACCAGACUUACUGAUCUGACAGAGACUGGAGGAACCUCCAAGAUUAAGGCCCCUGGACACUUUGCUAACUCAGAACCGAAGCUACUCCCGAAGUUCACCUUUCAGCCAAGGUUAGAUAGGCCUGAAAAAUAAGCAAUAACACUUGAGGAAUGUGCUUCUUAGUUCAAUCAAAUAUGCAAGACCAAAUGGACAACUGCUGCCCAAAAGCAAGAUGAGAAGGCAGGAAGGGACAGGAAAACUGAAUGAAUGAAUGCGGGGAACCCAGGAUGGAAAGGGGGAGGUGCUGUUACAUUGCAGGAACUGCGACCAAAGUCACAAAACAAUGUCACAAAUUACACAAAACAAUAAAUUUUUGAAUGAGAAACUAAUUUGUGCUAUAAGCUUUCACCUAAAGCACUAUAUAUAUGUAUAUGAAGAAUGCUUUGAAGAAUAUUGAGGUGAGAGAACGCUUACACAGUAUUAAGCAAAAAAUAGAAUGUGCAAAAUUGUCGAUAUAGUUUGAUAUUAUGUUGGUUAAAAAUAUCAACAGAAUAAAAGGAGUAGGAAGAAAUGUAGAUUCUUGAGAAACGAUACGUGUUAAUAUCUGUGAAUCCCCAAAUUUGUAAACACAGCCUCCACUAUAGAUAGGCCUUCCACAUGACUGAAGAGAUCCUAGAAAUUUAUACCUAUUGCUGAGUAACAAAUUACUCCAAAACGUAGCAGCUUAAACAACAACAAACAUUUAUUAUCUCACAGUUUCAGUGGGUCAGGAAGCCAGAAGUUGAAGAAGAUAUUUCCACUCAUAUUCCACUGCCUAGAACAAAGUGUCUUGCCACGUCUAGCUGCAAGAGAGGCUGGGAAACAGUGUCUUAACUCUAGGUGGCCAUGUACCCACCUUAAACACGAGCUUCUCCUACUGAGGAAGGUACUGGGGGACAAUUAGUGGUAUCUAUUUUUUUUUUUUUAUGACUCUGAUGCACCUUUCUUGAUUUUAAACGAUGUUCUGUUCGAACAACUGACUCUUAGUCUAUGUACAGGUUCCUCAUGAGCACAAUUAAGUGUUCUGAAAUUCCUGUUCUUCGCAAUUGUCAUGGAUUGAAUUGCGUCCUCCAAAAAUAUGUGUAUCAAUUUGGCUAGGCCAUGAUUCCCAGUAUUGUGUGAUUGUCCAUCAUUUUGUCAUCUGAUAUGAUUUUCCUAUGUGUUAUAAAUGCUACAUCUGUGAUGUUAAUUAGGUGGGAUAGGUGGCAGUUAUGUUAACGAGGCAGGACUCAAUCUACAAGAUUGGAUUGUGUCUUGAGCCAAUUUCUUUUGAAAUACAAAAGAGAGAAGUGAGCAGAGAGACAGGGGGACCUCAUAGAACCAAGAAAGAAUGCCAGGAUCAGAGCACGACCUUUGGACCCAGGGUUUCUGCACUGAGAAGCUCCUAGUCCAAGGGAAGAUUGAUGACAAGGACCUUCCUCCAGAGUCAACAGAGAAAGCCUUCUCCUGGAGGUGAUGCCCUGAAUUUGGACUUCUAGCCUCCUAGACUGUGAGAGAAUAAUCUUCUGUUAAAGCCAUCUCAAUUGUGGUGUUUCUGUUAUAUCAGCAUUAGAUGACCAAGAAAUCGAAAGACGCUUUGCACUGGGAAAACCUGCUGCAAAAGGCCUCUUCAAAGUGUUGAAAAGCAAAGAUGUCGCCUUGAACACUAAGGUGUGCUUGACCCAAGCCAUGGUGUUUUCAAUUGCCUCAUAUGUGUGCAAAACCUGGACAAUGAAUAAGGAAGACCAAAGAAGAAUUAGCGCCUUUGAAUUGUGGUGUUGGUGAAGAAUAUUGAAUAUACCAUGGACUGUCAAAAGAAUGAAUAAAUAUGUCUUGGAAAAAGUGCAGCCAGAAUGCUCCUUAGAAGCAAGGAUGGCGAGACUGUAUCUCACAUACUUUGGACAUGUUAUCAGGAGAGCUCAAUUCCUGGAGAAGGACAUCGUGCUUGGUAAAGUAGAAAACAAACAAACAAACCCGUUGCCAUCAAGUCGAUACUGAGAAGCUCCUAGAUCAGGAGAAGGUUGAUGACAAGGACCUUUCCCCAGAGCUGACAGAGAGAGAGAGCCUUCCCCUGGAGCUGGCACCCUGAAUUCAGACUUCUAGCCUCCUAGACUGUGAGAGAAUACAUUUCUCUUUGUUAAAGCCAUCCACUUGUGGUAUUUCUGUUACAGCAGCACCAGAUGACUAAGACACUUCCUCACUCCUGAAUGCCCAGAAUCUAUCCUUCCUCUUCAAAUGCUUCUGCCUUCAGGAAACCUUCUAUGCUAUGAUCCUCCAAGGUAGAAAUGAUCUCCCUCUCCUCAGGGUCCUCAUCACACCCUACCUGUGCCUUUCACCAGCAUCUAUCAUUUCCCUUCUUGUUUGACUGUGCUUUCCUAUCUUCUCAUCUUUCUCAGUGACAGCACCCAGUCUGGCAUGUCGUGGGUACUUUUAAAUAGCCUAUGCAAUGGGCGACAUUACUGACUAAUUAGAAAGCGUGGGUUCAAGUUCCAGCUCCACUACCUCCUGGCUCAAUUUAUUCAAGGUUCGGUUUUCUCAUCUAGAAAAUGGGGAUUAAAAAAUGUACCCAUCUACUAUCCAUCUCUGAGCAUGUAUGUGAAUAUACAUAUAAUGCAUAUGUACAGAGGGGCCCUGGUGGAGCUGUGGUUAAGAGCUCAGCUGCUAACCAAAAGAUCAGGGUUUGAAUCCACCAGCUGCUCCUUGGAAACCUUAUGGGGCAGUUCUUCUCUGUCCUAUAGGGUCACUGUGAGUUGGAACCGACUCGACAGCCAUGGGGAUAUAUGUACAGAAGAGCCUUGAAAGAAAGUCCUGGCAAUCUACUUCCAAAAAAUCAGCCAUUGAAAACCCUAUGGAGCACAAUUCUACUGACACACAUGGGAUUACCAUGAGUCAGAAUUCACUUGACAGCAACUGGCUUCUGGUAUAUAACAUAGAUAUGUAUGUUAUAUAGCUGUGUGUAACAUAUAGGACAUCAUGCUUGGUAAAGUAGAGGGUCAGCAAAAAACAAUAAGACCUUCAACGAGAUGAUUGACACAGUGGGUGCAACAAUGGACUCAAGCAGAACACCUAUUGUGGGGAUGGUGCAGGACUGGGCAGUGUUUCGUUCUGUUGUACACAGGGUCUCUGUGAGUUGGAACUGACUCAACAGCACCUAACAAGAACAACAACAACUAUUUUAUGUAUAAUAGAAAAGCAUAUGUUCACCAAAAGACACGGAUGAGAAUGUUUAUAUCAGCAAUAUUCAGAAUAGUAGAAAACUGGAAACAACCCAAAUUCCCAUCAACAGUAGAAUAAAUAAACUGUGGAACAUGUCGCACAGUGGAAUGCUAUACAGCAACGGGAAUAAACAAACUACGACUCUCCGGGACAAUAUGAGAACACCUCACCAACAUAAUAUCGGGCUACAGGAGCCAGGCACAAAAGAAGAGACGACCUGUGUGAUUUCAUUUUAAUAAAAUUCAAAACUAGUCUAUCAUAUCACGGAAACCAUGAUGAUGGUUGCACAAGACGGGGCAAUGUAAUUAAUGUCACUGAAUUGUACAUGUAAGCAUGAUUGAAUUGGUAAAUGUUUUGUUAUACAUAUUUCUCACCAAAAAAAAAGAAAAAAGAAAAAGGCAGCGGAGGGGGAGAGGGAAGAGAGGCAAGGCGGGACAAGAGAGGGAAGGGUUGAAGCUCACACAGGCAGGUGGAGGCCCUGGGGAGAAGGCUGAGCAGUGAGACCACAAUGCUGGUCAGCAGGGGGGGUGUUUGCUCUUGCAUUGAAAGUGGCGCUCCGUGUUGUGCUGCAAUGGAGUCCCAUCUGUAAUCCCCAGGCCUUGCUAAAAGUCUUCUCUGCCCUCCCCCACAAAAGAAGUAUGCUUGAUUUCUCCUAUACCAAACAGUAACCCAUUAACCCAUUGCUGUUGUGUCAAUUCCGACUCAUAGCAACACUAUAGGACAGAGUAGAAGUUCCCCAUAGGGUUUCCAAGGCUGUCGUCUUUACAGGAGCAGACUGCCACAUCUUUCUCCUGCGGAGCGGUUCUUGGAUUCAAACCACCAACCUUUCGGUUAGCAGCUGAGCCUUUAACCACUACACCACCGGGGCUCCUUAUACUAAAUAAUAGAAUGAUGAAUUUUGCCAUUUCUUGUGUCUGUAAUAAAAUUGUAAAUAGAAAAUCUUCGAACUUAAUAAUGCCUAUAGUAGAUCAUGCAGGUUAGUAUAAAAUUUAACUCUCUUUGAAAGAAAAAAAAAAGGUCAAGGUAGUGGUUAUGGUUGGGAGACAGCACCUGCGAGGGGACUCCGGGCCCUUCUGGGAUGCCGAUAACGUUCUGUUCCUUGAUUUGUGUGGCGUGAACAUUCAGUGAGCUGUACGUUUAGGAUCUGUGCUCUUUUCUAUAUGUUUAAAGUACUUCAGUAAAAAAAAAAAAAGGCUUCACGUAAGAAGCAUAUCACAGCCUCUGGCACA